AACUUAGGGUCGAGAUCAAGAUCAAGAUUAAGGCCUUGCUUGGGGUCGGCUGUGUAUCAGUUGUUAUGUUUUGAAGUCGGUGGCUGAGAUUUGACAGUCACUGUUGCGAACAGAAAGAAGGUUUGAAAGUAUGUCACUGGAACAAACAGCUUGUGAAGAUUUGAAGGCCUUUGAGCGUCGCCUGACAGAGGUCAUAGCCAGACUACAGCCUGCCACCACUAGAUGGAGGAUUGUGUUGGUGAUUGUGGCUCUGGGCACAGCAUUUGGUGCCUACAUGUGGCUCACCGAUCCCAAGACACAGGAUGCCACUUUCCUCCAGUCCCUCCUCAACCACCCCUUCUUCACUGUUGCAGCUGCGGCACUAAUAAUUCUCUUCAUCUUGGGGAUACACAAGAAGGUGGUGUCGCCCUCAAUCAUCACCUCCCGCACCAGAGCCGUGCUGGUGGACUUCAACAUGUCUUGCGACGACACCGGCAAACUGAUACUCAAGCCCAGGCCAACCACCACCUGAAGAUAGGCAGCUGGCACCCGUUAUAAUUGUUUUUAAUCUUUUGAUAAAGGUGGUAGUGUUUUUAAGUACCACCAAUGUUGUGCUGUGGACUGGUACUUAGUAUUGAAUAUGUAGAGGAACUCUCAUUCAGUACCUCCUUGUGCUGGAGUACCAAACACAGCCCUGAUUUGUUUAUAAAAGAAAUACUCUAUAACAUUAUUUUUGCAUCUUAAUUCUUAGGCAUUCUUAGAUGAAAACAUACGCAUCAUUUUUUGAUUUGCUGCUUCCCUCCAAUACCCUGUUAUAAUUACCUUGGUUUCUAUUAAUUCCAUUAAAUGAUUGUUAUAUCCUGUGUAGGGUAGCAAAUUACUUCCUCAGAGUGACCUGUUGAGCAUUUUCCCAAGUGUGGUGGUGUUCUAAUUUUUAAUUGUGUGAAGUGGAAAUACAUGUGUGGACUUGGCUUCAUUAGUACAGAUCCUGAAGUUAUGUACAUAUAUUAAUUAUACUCUUAAUUUAUGCAGAUGUAGUGAUCCUUUCCUAGCAAGUCAGAAUUUGGUCAGUCAGUAAAGUUUUAUUGUUUGUAAA